CCACGACGUGACCUGUAAGCCUCAAUCUGGCCUCAAGAUGACUCCGCCACCUUGUGUUUCCUGCUGCAACGUGUGACGGUAAAACUUAUCCGAAAACCGUGUGCAGGCCUCGAUCCCCGGGAUAGCCCAAACGUGCGUCCGAUCCCAAUUCAUUCGGCAAUUCGCCUCCUUGUCCCCAUGGCUUCACUGUCUCCACGAGGGUAUGCCAUUCUCGAGAGUGAGGAGAGUGGCCACACCGGGGCCACCAUGGCCACACCGGUAGUGACCCCCGACAAGCCCCAGAACCUGGACCGGGAGAUCGAGAUCAAAUACGAACGUAUCAGGAAUCCGUGCGUAUUGAGCUGGAGCGACCUGAGCUACACUGUCAAGGGCAAGAAGACACCGGAACUGCCAUGGGGCACUAAGACUAUCCUGGACCGAGUUAGUGGCCGAUGCGCUCCCGGCGAACUCACGGCCAUCAUGGGCCCGUCCGGUUCGGGCAAGACUACGCUUGUGGACAUGUUGGCCGACCGUAUCAGCUCCGGCGAAGUGUCCGGUGUGAUCGAAGUUAACGGCGCGGAACGAGACUCCAAGACGUUCCGCGCCGUGACGAGCUACGUGGCCCAGGAGGACACGUUGUUAGGCUCCUUUACAGUAGCGGAGACCAUGCGGAUGGCGGCCAAACUCAGUCUGCCCAGCACCGUGACGUCCCACGAGAUUGAGAUCCGCGUGGAAAACGUCAUGGACGCGAUGGGUCUGACCACGGCCCGUGAUACUCUGGUUGGAGAUAUCUUCCGUAAGGGGUUAUCUGGCGGCCAGAAGCGAAGACUCAGUAUCGCCAUCGAGUUACUGUCCAACCCGAGUAUUCUCAUCCUUGAUGAGCCGACCAGUGGCCUGGAUUCCAGUGCGGCCCACAAUGUCAUGAAGUUCAUCGUCAAGCUCUGCUCAGAGGGAAAGACAGUGGUCUGUACGAUUCAUCAACCGUCAUCACUGGUGUACGAGAUGUUCUCCAACGUGAUCGUCCUGUCGGCCGGCCAGACCGUGUACUGUGGCCCGCGGGCCAAGAUGAUCCCACACUUUGCAGCGGCCGGCCACAAUGAGACAUCGGACGCGGCUAAGGGGAUCCUGACGAAAUAUGGCAUGGAGGACGUGGACGUUACGCGUGACAUGCUUCUGUUAAUCGUGUACAUUGUGUGGUUCCAGGCCAUUUUUGCAGCUAUCCUGUGGAAGUUCCAUACAGGUCGCCGUUAAAUAUUUUUUUGCUUCGUAGUAACUGAGAAAUUUAUGGUCAUUACUUUUGAAGUAGCAUUUUUUUCGUUCUAAAAUUUACCUGAACUUGAAGUUGUGACAAAAUA